UCUCUAGGAAACAAGCGCAAUUUAAUGCCUGUGGUUUUGUUAUUAUUUUUAUUAUUAUUUUGCUGUGCAUUGAAGAUGAAAAGAUAUUUCUCGGGGGUGUAUAAAUAAAUAAGCAAACGUCUAAAGUAUUAAAGUAUUUUCUGUGCAUAAAGAAUUGCUGACUUUCAGCCCCAUGAUGAUUUUAAGCGUCAGGAGCGUGCACCGGCGCCGGCUCGCGCUGCUGUUCCUGAGUAUCACCGGGAUCAUCAUUUACCGGCACUUCAGUGGACAGCCAGAAAAGGUGAAGCUCAACAGGAAACAUGGCUUAGCGCUGAACUCUUCCCAGUUCAUGCUGGGUGGCGAGGUGUUCCGCAUCCUCGGGGGUUCCCUUCACUAUUUCCGUGUUCCUCGGGCCUACUGGAAGGAUCGCAUGAUGAAGAUGAAGGCUUGUGGCCUCAACACUCUAACAACAUACGUUCCAUGGAACCUGCACGAGCCUGAACGAGGGAGCUUCCAGUUCAGUGAAGGUCUGGAUCUGGAGACGUUUCUUCUCCAGGCGGCUGAUCUGGGGCUCUGGGUUAUCCUUCACCCGGGUCCCUACAUCUCCUCAGAGCUGGACCUCGGAGGAUUGCCCAGCUGGCUGUUACGAGACAAGGAUAUGAAGCUUAGGACGACGUACUCCGGGUUCACGCAGGCCGUCGAAGCUUUUCUGGACAAGCUCAUCCCCAAAAUCGUGCCUUUACAGUUCAGGAAAGGCGGCCCGGUCAUCGCCGUGCAAGUGGAACAUGAAUAUGGGUCGUACGCAGAGGACAGGAAGUACAUGGCGUUUCUGAAAGAGGCUCUCGAGUCGAGGGGCAUCAGCGAGCUUCUCCUCACAUCAGACAGCCAUGAGGGCUUAAAGAGUGGCGGAGUGAACGGAGUCCUCAGGACUCUGAAUCUGCGGAAACUAAAUCACGAAGACAUCAAGUAUCUGGAUCAUGUGCAGCCAAACAGUCCUGUUUUAAUUACGGAAUACUGGACCGGACGCUUUGACGGAUGGGGAGAUCUGCAUCACAUAUUUCCAGUAGAAGACAUGGUUGCAGUGGUUCGAGAGGUGUUGCGGCGUGGCAUGUCCAUCAACCUGCACAUGUUCCACGGAGGAACAACCUUUGGCUUCAUGACUGGCGCUGUGGCGAAGCCCUCAUACAAGGCUCUAAUCCCGAGCUAUGACUAUGAUGCACCUUUGUCCGAGGCCGGCGAGUAUACACCAAAAUACCACCUGUUGAGAGAACUCCUCAGUCGAUACAGUAGAGCUCCUCAGCCGGAUAUGCCGGCUCUGCGCUGGAAGGAAAGCUACGAGGCAGCCAUCAUGUACCGACACCUGUCCUUAUGGGACGCUCUGCCCCUCACACAUGAGCCUUUUAAAUCCAGAACGCCUGUUAAUAUGGAGAAUCUUCCUGUGAACAAAAAAAACGGACAAGCAUACGGAUACACGCUGUACGAGACCACCAUCACCACCGGAGGCUUCUUAAAAUCCGGAAACAACAUCCGAGACCGAGCACUGGUGUUUGUGAACAGAGGCUUCAUUGGCACUUUUGACUACAAGAACACGGAGUUGGCCAUCUCUGAGGGGAAGGAGGCUCGAACGUUGAGUUUGCUGGUGGAAAACUGCGGAAGAGUACACUUUGGUCACACCAUGGACGAUCAACGCAAAGGUAUUGUCGGAGACAUUUUGCUGAACAACAUGCCUCUAAGAGAGUUCACAAUUUACAGCCUGGAUAUGACACGCAACUUCAUCGACAGUUUAUACAGCGCUCCGUGGAAGUCUCUCCCUCAGAAGCCGAGCUUUCCGGCGUUUCUCCAGGGAAGACUGUUCGUGGAUGGAUAUCCGAGCGACACCUUCGUUAAGCUGCCCAGCUGGAGCAGAGGCGUGAUCUUCGUCAACAGCCAGAACGUCGGGCGUUAUUGGCAGGUCGGCCCCCAGCAGGCGCUCUACAUCCCGGGGCCUUUCCUCAACAGCGGAAUCAACCAAGUCACUGUGUUUGAGGAAGAGGAAGCUGAUUUUAAACUCCAGUUUGAAACCUCUCCUGAUCUGGGAAUGACUGUCGACAUUCAGUGACGAUGGACUCAUACAGGUUUCCCCAAAGCGUACGUCGAAACAAGGAAACGCAAACAAUGUUCCCGUGCUCAAUGUAUUUUAGUGACGCAGCGUGGGUAUCACUGUUAACUAUUAUAAAAGUCUCUCAAACCUCAAGCUCCUCAUGUGAAAAACGAAUGUUCUGAC